ACAGUGGCUCGGCUGACCUGUGACAGCCGAGGCGUCAGUCCUCGGUGCGCCAGUGUGCCGUGUGGAGCGGUCUCGCGCGCGCGCGUCACGCUCACCUCCGUCGCGGAGCAGCACGACGUGGAUCGCGUGGACGGUCAGCUGUCAAACUCUGCGUCAAUUGCUGCAACCCCCGCGCGCUGGUGAGUCAUCGGCGAGAUUCCCGAGAGAGAGGAUCGACGGGUCGCGAUCGGAAUCGUGUAGCUAUCGGCGAAGGUGCUCGUUCCGCGUAGUGACGUCCGACGUGAUUGCCACAGUCGGAUUUUCCGUAAGAUGCACGUCGCCUCUGACGCUCAGCAGUCGGCGUCGAGCGGCUUCAACCGUGCGGAUCGGUCGACGUACGAAGCGCGCGAGUGAGUGGCUGGCUCGAGAAGGAUAGAGGAUCCUUUUCCCUCCUCUCCGAAGGGUGACACGCGAGCGGCAGACGCAGCUCGACGCGACGCGACACGACGCGACGCGAUGACGGAACUCGCCAAGGAGGCGUUCACCUCGCGCGACUACCACCUGGCGGCCGAGAUGUACGAGCGGAGCAGCUUGAAACAACAGAGUACGAACUACGAGGUGCUGCUUGGCUACGGCGACUCUCUGGCCGAGUGCGGCCGCGUCAGGGACUCCAUCGGGAUCUACUCGAGGUGUUUGGCCGCGACUUCGGUGCCGGCCGAGAGACUCAAGCACUUGGCGACCGCGCUCCUGGACGACAUGGCCGGGCCGACCUCCAGACGAAGGAUCGAGGCGUCCUUCGCGUGUCCGCUGUGUGAAGGCACUCUCUGUCAACCGGUGACCGCCGCCUGCGGUCAUACAUAUUGCAGGAACUGCGCGGACCCGGCGAAAAAUUGUCGCGUGUGCGGCCUGAAAAUCGUCACGGUGGGUGAGACGAACGUGCUUGUACAGAGACUCGUGGAGAGAUGGUGGCCGCGAGAAGUGGAGGCCAGUCGGGCCAGGCACGAGGGUGAUAUUCUCGUGAGGAAGGGUCACCUGGGUCAAGCGCUCGAGAGGUACAACUUGGCGGUUCAUCUCGCGCCGAACAGCCCGCUCCACCUUAGCAACAGGGCUCACGUCUUGCUCCUGUUGAAUAGGCCUUCAGCCGCUCUCACGGACGCUGAUCAUGCAGUUAGAUUGCGGCCGGACUGGGGCAAGGGACACUACAGACGGGGGAUCGCUCUGUCAGCGCUCGGCAGGCACGAGGAGGCGCUCUACGCGCUCUGCAUCGGCGUGGCCAUCGACAAGAAUCCGCAGGCUGUGCGCCACGAGUUGACCAAGAUCCUGCACAGAGUGCUGUCACCCGGAGUAUGUCGACAGAACGUCCUGUCGUCACGCACGCCAUACAGUCUAACGAAGAGCGCGUCACGCACGAGGAGCCGUCAUCAGUUAAUGAAUCCCAAGCGCAGCAGACGCGCUGCCCUGAACAGGUCCGAUUGUGAGGACAACAGCAGCGGUGAGGAGGAAUUCUCUCAGACGAUAAGCAGGAGACUUCGCUCCUCCAUCCCGCCGCAAGUCAACACGAAGCUGCAAGCGAGUCUGGAUCGGCUGUAUCAGGAUGUGGAAAAAUUGAAAAGAAUCGAGCUGAAACCCGCCGAAAUCCUUCUGCCGCCGCUUUCCGGCGGCAACGCCGGGGAAUUGGAUUGCAUCCUGUGUUGUCGGCUCCUCUGGAAACCCGUCACGACACCUUGUGGUCACACCUACUGCUGGAUGUGUCUGGAUCGUUGCCUGGAUUACUCCUCAGCCUGUCCCCUGUGCGUCACAUCGCUGGCCGACUAUCUAGCCAGCAGCCAGAAAACCGUGACAGACUUUGUGGAAAGAGCGCUUAAAACGGUGGCGCCCGCGGAAUAUACCUCCAGAGCGGUGAGUCAUCAGCUCGAACUGGUCCAGGGACUGGGUCUUUUGGGUAACGAGCAGAUCGCCAUCUUCAUUUGCACGACCGCCUUCCCGUGCGUCGCCUGUCCCCUCUUCGUCUACGAGCCUAGAUACAGGCUGAUGGUCAGGAGAUGCGUGGAAAGCGGGGUGCGCCAGUUUGGCAUCGCCGCGUGUCUCAACAAAGACGCGACGGGCACAAAGAGAUAUGCGGAGUUCGGCACUAUCCUAGACAUUCGGGAUCGAGUAUUGCUCAAGGACGGUUGCAGUAUUCUCAGCACGGUAGGCGGUAAAAGAUUUAGGGUACUUUCCGGCGGGGAGAAAGAUGGUUACGACACGGCGCAGGUGGAAUUUCUCAGGGACACCGUCGUACAAGAAGCUCAACUGCUGAAUCUUCUGGAGCUUCAUGAUAAGGUGCGAGCGAAAGGUCGUAGGUGGUGGGAUACUGUGCCGAGCACGCAGAAGUUCGAGAUCAAGCGGGUGUUCGGCCGCAUGCCGGACACGGAGGAGGACUGGCCGCGUCUGCCGGACGGUCCUUCGUGGGCAUGGUGGCUGCUCGCGAUCUUACCGCUCGGGCCGCAGUUGCAGGUGGGCAUCCUCGGCACCACCAGCCUGGAGAAGAGGCUGCGAGCCAUCGAGAAGACACUCGAUCACAUGGAGCAAAGGCAGCCGACUGUCGCGGCCGCGCCUUCCGAACGGACGACGACGUCGUCGAGCAUCUGCAUGGACGGAAGGGCGAUCGCGUCGACGGGGAUAUCGGUCGUGCAGCAAUCGUAGAGAGCAAUCGUGUGGGAGCAGCGAAGCGUCUUGACACCGUGGAGACAAGCAACUUGUCGUUCUGUGACCUGGAGAACGGGAUUCUGUAUUUCUAGCGUUUCGCCGGAAACUGUGUCAAGUAAUCCUUCAAUUUAUUAAGCGACGACAUACGUCACACGACGAAAUCGAACGCAGUAGCCUUAAUUUCUCCUAAUAACUGCGAAUCUUGAGAAUAUUUUGAAAUUUAUUUCAAGUUCGUAUAUUCUCGAUCUUGUCAACUUACAUUAGAGUCGCCGACGAUACGGUAUUGCUUUUUUCUUUUUUACGUUUCUAAUGUUUUCCACGUCCAAGUCGCAGAAGGACACUCGUCGGUCUCGCUGUAAGCUGUUACUUUAGUCGGUCGAAUCUUUUAUACGUCGAUCUCUCGUUCGUCGUCCUCGCUACGUGGUCCUUCGAUUCGGCCCUACGACUCUACCCGACGUACAAAGUAUCCGUAGGACGCGUGAACUCACGGAAUGCCCUGUGAGCAAAUUGGGUCGAUCGAUCGAACCGCGAACGAACUUGUCCUCCGAUCUCGUUUUGGCGGGGGCUUUUCGCGAGUGACUUCUCUCUUUUUAGGUCUAAGUUAAGAGUUCCAGUGCGAGCACGUUUUUGCAUCCCGUGCUCGUGAAAUCUUCUGCAGAGCGUCUUAUCGACGGGACAGCGGGAUCAAUUGAGAGACACAUUCGCUUGAGCCAAUGCGACACAUACAAAUUUCACAAAGCUAAAUUUGACGAUGAUGAUUUGCGGUCACGCCGGUGGCCGUUGACAUAUCUCAGAGAGAAGGACAUCGCGUCUCCUCGAUAAGGCACGUCGGUCUUCUUCGCGCUAUCACAAUACGCAAAUCUGUUCUUCCAAAAUAUUGUACGAAUAUAUAUAUUAUGUAUACUUACAUAUAUAUAUGUAUACACACAUAUUUAUGUAUACAAAUACGAAUGCAUACACGUGGCAACCGGAAGUAAGCAGUCCCGCUUGAAACGUUUCAACGUCACAAUCUGUCGCAGUCAGCGUGAGCAAUAUAAUCGAGCGUGGUACAACAUGUCGCGAACAAAACGUCAGGUUGAUUAAAAUUUCAACCUUAAUCUACCGCACGUGGAUUCUAUAAUUUUUUUUUAUUGACGUUCCGGUCGAUUUCAUUACGAUUGAAAUCAAGUCAAUGGUUCUCAGUAGUAUUCGAAACUUAAUCGAUAUUCCCUGUACUCAUUAAGGGACUUACUUCCGCUUCACGUGGAUGCAUCGAAAUCUCGUGCAUGAAGAUACGUCAGUGAGCGAAUGCACCAAGUGGAAAGCCAUGAGACAUCGACGAAGACGCUGAUGACACGAGGUAAACCUUUGCUUACUCAAUACAGUCGGUAUAUCGACUUUUUCUCCAAUGACUCUCCUUUUGCGCAUCUAUAUACGAAUCUAUAUAUCUAUGAAUUUUGUAACACUUGCAAAUUUUGCGUCGAAUCGAUGUCUCAAAUCUCAAAUUGCGCGGAUUACGGAGGCGUCGAGUUUUCCGACGGUUCCUCGAUGAUUAAUUCGCGACGUAACUUUACUCUGGUGCAAUCGCUCCACGAACGUUCCACGAGAGUCUGCCGGUACAAUCAUGCGCAGGAGCGCGAUUGUAGAAAGAAAGAAUUUGAUAUUCACAGCGAGACAUUCGGAAGAAUGCAAAGUAUUCUUGGAUGCAGGCGAAAUCCUCUUUGGGCUCUUUGACGUCAUUUGCACGAUCAUGAAUCACGGGGAAUGUUUCCGAUCGUACCGACGAUCGCUGUAUAAAAUUUAUUACACAACGACGAUCGGGCCGCGGCGGAGCGCGUGGCCCGAAAUCCCGAAAUCUUUUUGUACCGCUUAGGUUUAUUCCGUCGCUCGUAAGACUUUUCGACUAUACGCUAGCACAUAAUAAUUUAUUUUCACGACGGUUCUCUAGACCGUCGAGAACACAGCGGUCGCCUGAGGAGCUAGAAACGUCAUAUCAAUCGCGCAAGCAAAUAUUGAACAAAUAUUGCGAGAAACAUAGUUGGUAAGCGAUUGUCGUUAUUAUUUUCAUGGUUGAGUUUUCGUCGGUCGUUCCGAAGGGUCAAGUGUCGAAAAGAGAAAUAAAGAAGACUCCCAAAAGAAGUCUCGUUUCUGAGAGAUCUAAAAUAAUUUAUUAGCUCGCUUUUGCCGCCGCGCUAUAUAUAUUAAUAACAAUAACUAAUAGAUAAUUCCUCGAAGGUGUCUUGUCUGUUGUAUAUUGAGACAAUUUUUUACGAAUUUGUUAGACAUAUUUUUUGAUAUAAGCUUAUAUAAUAUAUGGUCGAAAAUCCACUCUCAUUUCUGUAUAAGUAUUAUAUAUACAUAUAUGUAUACACCAAUGUUAUUAACAUACAUCAAUUAUUUCAUGCGAGAUGAUAAUGACGACAAUCGCUACGAAUCGACACGUACCUCGAGUGUGUCCACUUUCGAAAGUAUAAGGUAAAGGUAAAAUAGAAGGUUUUUUUAAACGAUCGAUAUAUAUUGCGUACGUACGUCCGGUACGUUUCUGCACACGCGCGCGCGACGAUUCAAGAAGAAAAAAAAUGAGAAAAAACAUCCUCUACUUAGAUUUAUAUUCUAUUCUCUAGACUUUUACGAAAUUGUGAAUCAUGCAUUGUGAUAUUACUAUAUAGCCUACCUUGUAUAUUGUUAUUGCUACGUUACAACUACUACGUAAUGCCACACGACUUUCCAUUUUUACUUCGACAUUUCUAUAUUUAUCUUCAUCUCUUCAUAUGGACAAUAUUGUAAUAAAAUAUCACGAAGCCAAU